UGUGUGUGUGUGUGUGUGUGUGUGUGUGUGUGUGUGUGAGUGUGUGUGUGUGUGUGUGCGUGUGAGGUGACUCGGUGGUGUUAAUGUGCAUUGUAUAUGUACGAAACAUAGUUUUUUAAAUUUUAUUUAAGUUUUAAUUUCGCUAUGCUGAGUUCAGACAAAACAAACAUCUGAAGCACGAUGAAGUCUAAAAUAUGGCAGUCUAAUCUUUAACUGUGAAGGCACUUCCAUGCACAACUCCUGAAAACAUAAAAAACAUUAAUUCUCACUGUUAAAAUAAUUAUUAUUUUUCAGACCUCAAAGUCAACUAUAGAUAAAUAGAAUGCAAAAUGUUCCUCUUAUGUGCUUACAUUCUCAUUUAUACGUUAACUAGAGGACUUCAAUUCAGUAAUUUGAACAUUUCUCUUGUUAGAUUCUAGUAUAUACCUUCGGGUAAAUUGCUUGAUUCCUUUGCCAUUUAAAAGAGUGCUGGUGUAAUCAGUGUCAUUGAAACGAAUAAAAAAUUGAUUUUUCUGUUUCUUUUCUUCUCCUCUUACCUUUCAGACUAAUCAGUGUCACAGCUCAGGAACAUAAUCAUUCACAGCACACAUAGAUCACAUAUAACCAAUUCUAAAAACUGAAGCGGAAGUUUUUGAAUCAAUGUCGCCUUCAGACAGCAGAAUAUGGAAUAGACAGCGAAUUCUUCUGAAUUAUAUUCAGAAGAUUGCCAUUCGAUCGGCAUUUGUUCUGAUAAAGAAAGAAGAAAGCUUGUGGAAGAGGACACACACGUAGAGUAGCGGGGAUGUAAAUCAACCCAGCAAACAAUCAAAGCCCACCAAUUACAAACAGUCAAACGUCUAAAUGACAGGAAGGGAGAAGAGCCUCCAUUCUAAGCUAACUUAGAUCCCUACAAACAACAUGCAAACAUACAGGAUGAUACACGAGUCGUGUGCGGUCCAGCAUGUUGUAUUCAUACAACAAAUUAAUUCUGACGCGAUGUGUUGGCUAUUAUCCACAAAGUGAAAAGGAUAUGUGCUCAGUUUCCUCUGGUGGUGAAGCUUCAGCCCAAACAUGCACACACACGGUUGUACUGGCAGGCGCUGGCUGCGGUUUUUAUGGGUCCAACAUCAGAUGAAGGACGACACACAAGAGGAGAUACGAUCAAUUUAACGCGCGGACAAUUCCGCUGUGAUUGCACAAUCUCACCGGGAGCUGCAGGAAGAUUAGAAAGAGAAAUGAAAUGACAAUUAGAAAGGGAGAACGGGAGUGGGAGAUUGAAGUAGGGAAAUAAGAAAAAAAAAAGGGGCGGGGGAGGGGGGGGCGAGUGGGUCGCGGGAGUUCCCAGGCCCCCUCCUCUUCCUCCUCCUCUUCUCUCCCAAACGAAAGGAAAAAUGAGGUGAACUAAUGCCAUGCAGAGGAGCUUCUCAUUGGUCAGUGUUUGGUCAGCUGGUCUCUGACUCCCCCUAUGCUCCUCACCCAAUUCCUGUGACAUACACACACAUAGUCUCUUUCUUGCUACCGAGCCCCCCAACACACUAUACCAAAGCACUGGCACCCAGCCACCCCAGCUUCACCCUCCUCACCCCUCCUCCCAAUCUGCGAUAAACUCAGUGAUAGCAGCAGCAGCAGCCCGUCGGACUCUGGGCUAUAAAACACAACAAAUCAUAAAGUGCAGGCAGGGAAGGCAGAGGAAGGAGGACGGGAGGAAGAACCGUUAGUCUCGGUCUACUCCUCCUUCUUCUUCUUUACCGCGUUAUCAUUGUUGUUGUGUUUGUUUCGUGCCCUCCUGUGCUUCCCUCUUCUCUUCUUUUCCUCCUUCUCCUUUCCCACUUUUACCAAUGAGUUCAUAUUUUGUAAACUCCUCUUUUCCGGUGAUACCGGGAACGGGUGGAGGCGGCCAGACGACGUCGGCAGAACCAUUCCUUGGUCAGAUCUCACUUUACUCAUCGGGAUACGCAGACCAUCCGCUCAGACACUACCCAGGGGCAGCGACUGUGACUGCGGCCGCGGCCGUGGCUUACAGCGCUCACCAGGAUAAAUCUUAUCCAGCCUCUACCUACUACCAGCAGGCUGCGAACGGAGCGUACAGUGGGCACCGAGUGACGGGGGUGGCAGUUGGGGGCUCGACUGGACCUGGUGCAUGCGACUACGCCACAGCAGCAGCGGCGGCUGCCGCGGCGGCCACGAACUUCUACCGAGACAAGGAUCAUCCCUGUAGUCUGGAUGAACACCAACUUGCUCUGAACCAAGACGGCAUGCAUCGCAAAAUGGAGUGCGCUGGGCUCGGAGCAAAGGGGUUAUUUGGAGAAUCCAUGGAUGACAAACAAACAGCACCAACUCCAAUUUAUCCGUGGAUGCAGCGGAUGAACGCAUGCAAUGGUACCUUCGGCAGCCCCGGAAGACGUGGCCGGCAGACAUACACUCGCUACCAAACCCUGGAACUGGAGAAGGAAUUCCACUUCAACCGGUACCUCACUCGGAGACGGCGCAUCGAAAUUGCGCACGCGCUCUGCCUCACUGAGCGUCAGAUUAAGAUCUGGUUCCAGAAUCGGAGAAUGAAGUGGAAGAAGGAGAACAAGCUCAUUAACUCAUCUUCUUCCUCCUCUUCCUCCUCUUUCACUCUAAAUGGUACAGAUGAAGAAGAGAAACGGACGGAGUGAAAGAAAAGAAAAUGACGUGAGACAUUAAAAGCAAGAGAAGGAUGGAAGAAAAUUCGUGCUCCAAUGUGUUUGUUAGAUGUGGACAUUUUGUGAGCCCACCGCUCCAUUCGUUUCUGUCUGACAGCUCAACCGUGUGGAUAACAAAAAGGACCAAGAUGCUUUACUUUCUCCAAAAAGGACGAAGAUGCUUUACUUUCUCUAAAAUGAG